CUACGUAGCAACAUAACCACUGAAUAGAACGCGACGGUAGUGUCGAAGGAAUAUCUUUGGAAGCUGUUUGCUGGACUACAACAACAUUGAUUUGACAGCUAACGUUAGUCAGCACCUGCAAAUAUGGCAGAAGUCGAAGAGACACUAAAGAGAAUUCAAACUCACAAAGGUGUAAUUGGAACAAUAGUUGUUAAUGCCGAGGGUAUCCCAAUCAGAACUACCUUAGACAACUCCACCACGGUGCAGUAUGCUGGCCUGCUGCACCAGCUCACUAUGAAAGCCAGAAGCACAGUCCGAGACAUCGACCCUCAGAACGACCUGACCUUCCUCCGUAUCCGCUCCAAGAAGCAUGAGAUCAUGGUGGCACCUGACAAGGAGUAUCUAUUGAUAGUCAUCCAGAACCCCAGUGAAUAGCCCCAGGAGGUUCCUGUGAGAGUCAGGCAGUAGCUCCUCUCACACUGAUCUUUGUCUCUUGAGAAUAUAUGUUUUGUUAAACUGGACCAUAUUUUGCUUUGUGCAUUUUCUCCUUUUUCCACUCUGCAAUGUUUCCUUAUUCUAUUCAUUCUCCUUCUUAUCCAUUGUCAUUAACAAAUAAAACAUUGAAGAAACAAGGACAUCAUAACAAUAGGA